AUGGCUCUCAGUCCGCAGCAAAUUGCUGGGGGGAGACGGCAACCGGUGAACUUCCAUCCGCUGUCGCCUACUUCUUUCCUGAAGCGCGCUGCGUCGAUCAGUCCUGAAACGCCCGCCAUCGUACACGUCGAUCGGCAAGGACAAAGGGUGCAAUGGUCUUACCAAAGCAUGAGCGAUGCGGUUAUGGGCUUGGCUUACUAUCUCAAGGCCAAGAACCUCCGACGCGUUGGCAUUUUCGCUCCAAAUACACCAGCAUUUCUCAUAUCCGUUUAUGGGAUCGGGGCUGCCGGGGGAGUCAACGUCGCUGUUAACUAUCGCCUAAGUCCCACCGACGUUGCCUACAUUUUUGCGCACGCUGAAGUCGAGGCGAUCAUUGCUGAUCAAGAAUUCGUGCAUCUUCUUGAUAUAUUUCGUCGUGAUCAUCCUGGAGCUCUAGUGAUUACCGAUGAUGACGUUACUGAAUCAAACUGCUCUUUCAAUCAGGCAAUCGAGAAAGGACUUCAGCAGAACGUCUUGGAAGGCGCAAAGGGUUGGGAAGGUUUGUUGCUCCAUCCGGAAAAUGAGCUUGACGUCAUUGCCCUGGCCUACACAAGCGGUACUACUGCUCGGCCCAAGGGCGUGGAAUACCUUCAUCGUGGUGCCUAUCUCGCAUCGCUGGCGAAUGCUGCAGAAUAUGGCUUGGCAAAUAUCCAGAACGAAUGUCGGUAUCUGUGGACAUUGCCGAUGUUCCACGCUCUAGGAUGGUGUUGCGUCUGGGCAGUAACAGCUGUGCGAGGGACGCAUUAUUGCUUGCGGAAAAUAGAUUAUCCACGAAUCUGGGCACUCUUGAGAGAAGAGCGAAUCACGCACUUUUGUGCUGCUCCGACUGUCAACACCCUACUGUGCAGUUCCCCGGAAGCUAGAACACUUGCCAACCCUGUAAAUGUGAUCGUCGCCGCAAGCCCGCCGACUCCGACCUUGUUCAAGCAAUUGAAAGCCUUCAACUUGCAUCCAACCCACGUAUAUGGUAUGACGGAAACUUACGGACCUGUCACUAAAUGUUAUCCCUCACCAGCUUGGGAUCAACUUUCCAGUACUGACAAGUUUGAACGCAUGGCGCGUCAAGGACACGAGCUCCUGACAAGUCUGCCUGCCAGAGUCAUCCGCCAACCGAAUACCUCAGAUGAUCACAAUGCUUCUCUUAUUCUUGAGAACGUAAGAAGAGACGGUACUGAGAUUGGCGAAGUUGUUUUUACAGGCAAUGUCUGUGCGAAUGGCUAUUAUAAAGAUGCCGAAGGCACCAAGAGGCUUUUUGAGGGUGGGGUUCUACACUCGGGCGACCUAGCCGUCUGGCAUUCUGAUGGUGCUAUUCAAAUCGUGGAUAGAUCGAAAGAUAUCAUAAUUAGUGGCGGCGAGAACAUUUCGUCCGUGGCCCUUGAGUCUAUUCUUGCUGGUCAUCCAGAUAUUUUAGAAGUCGCCGUUGUAGCAGUCAAGGAUCAGCAGUGGGGAGAACGACCAGUGGCGUAUAUCACAGUCAAGCCAGAACGACCGGUGCUGGCGCGAGAUAUCGUGGAAUGGGCAAAGCAAGCGCCGGGCAUGAGUCGAUUCAUGGUACCUCGUGAUGUGAUUAUCCUUGGAGCUUUACCCAAAACCGAGACGGGAAAGAUACAAAAGCACAUUCUGCUUCUUGCUGGAGGCUACGUACUAUGGAAAUUUGUCCAGAUUUCAAGAAACCCCCUCAAUGCCAUACCUGGGCCAUGGUAUGCAAAGUUCACCAGCAUUCCCGGCACCAUUGCGACCCUCUCAAGGCAGCAGGUUCAGUACUACCAUGACCUCCAUCAGAGACACGGCCCAUUUGUCCGCACUGGCCCGAACCAGGUACUGGUCAAUGAUAUCGAUGCCUUUAAGACAAUCCACAAGAUCGGAGGCCACUUUGACAAAGCCGACUACUACCACUAUUUCGGAGUGACUGAAGCAGGAAAGCCACCCUAUGGUCUAUUUCAAAUGACGGAUAGAUCAGACCAUGCGCGAAGGCGGAAACUGCUAGGGAAAGGCUUCACGGUCGCCUCGCUUCGCACCGAAUGGGAGCCAAUGGUGUCGGAAAAGGUUGCAGCCACCAUUGACGGAAUGCGCGGCGAUGCGAAACUCUUCAGCGGUGAGGUGGAUGUUCGCAAGUGGUGGGUCCUGAUGGCUUCGGAUGUCAUCUCGAAAAUGAUGUUUGGGGAGUCAUUCGAUGCUCUCAAGACUGGACAGGAAGAUCCAUGGUUGGAGGAGGUCAACUGUGCCAACCAAGGUGCCUUUAGUGCGCUCAUGUUCCCGUGGCUUCAUGCGAUUCUGAAGCGCUUCCCUGUCGUCGGCCGAGCUCAUCUAUUCCAUGCUCACAAGGCACUAUUAGGCAAGGGCCAGGCAGCUCUUGACAAUAGUAGAGACGCUGCUAAUCUUGACGCUGCCAACAUCUUUUCCAAAAUCAGGAACGAAGCCGACAAAGAUGAAGCGCAGCUGACGGGUCUGGAAAUGAGCGUGGAGGCUGGCUCAUUCAUGAUUGCUGGAACUGACACCACGUCCAACACACUUACCUACUUGCUCUGGGCAGUAUUGUCGCAACCGGAGCUGCAACGGACACUUGAGAAAGAAGUAGGAGAAAUUGAAGAGCCACUCACCGACACGACUCUUGAGAGACUUGCACUAUUGAAUGCAGUCAUUCAAGAGACGCUCCGCUUAUACGGCGCCGCCCCCGGUCCUUUACCGAGAGUCGUACCCUCUGGCGGCGUUGAGCUCGGCGGGUACCACCUCCCGGGUGGUGUCACGGUGGCGACGCAAGCCUAUACCUCGCAUAGGGAUCCUAGAUUCUUCGAUAGCCCCGAGACAUUUGACCCUACCCGCUGGUUGACGCCGGGAGAACGUGCAAAUUCCGAGACGGCCAAAGCAGCUUUUGCGCCCUUUGGAGCCGGGUCCCGCGUGUGCAUUGGCAAGGCGCUGGCAUACAUGGAACUUCGCUACGGCGCGGCCAUGUUCUUUCGUGUAUUCAGAGGUUGUCAUCUAGCACCUUCGGCCACUCCAGAGAGUAUGGAGAUGGAUAAUCUUGUCUUGAUUGAGCCGCGAGGCAAGGUCCUCAAAGUUGUACUGCCUCGGUCAUCGAUUUAG